CUUAAAUAAAUAGAUAAAAUAGAUUAAACAAUAGAUAAACUGAAAAAUCUGGCCUGUUUUUCGCAACUAAAUAUUAUUUCCGUGGUCAGUUAUCGAAUGCGAUCGCACCUGUUUCCCGACCAGGCCUAUAUAUCAUAGAUGAGUUUUUUCCAGGAAUUCCCGGAAUUCCAGAAAUUCACAUCAAGUUUCCGGGAAAUUCCGGAUGCUUUUUGCUAUUGAUUUGUAAAAAGUUAUAUAAAAUUUUAAAUACGACAUGGUUUGCAUUUAAGCAAUUAUGUUUUCUAUAAAUGAAAUUUUCACGAGAUCAAUUUUUUCAAAAAUUUUUUUUCUUUUUAAUUCAUUCAAAUUAACUUUUUCGAAUAUUAGAAAUUCUUUUUCUUAAGAAGUUAAUUGAUGAAAAUUCCGUAUUAAACGUUUGCAAAAGAUCUUGUCGUUAAAAAUUACUAUCAAGAAGAAAGAAAAGAAAAUGCAAGUUAAGAGUUUAUCUGACAUUUCUGAGAUAGACAAAAAUAUUAAAAACAAGUUUCGCUGGAAUUGGCUUCAAGAGAAAGACUAUAAUGAUGAGCAUUAUUCAGCCUAUAUUACAAAGAUAAAUAAAGCCGGAGCGGUACGAUGUACAAUAUGUAAUAAAGACUUUUAUUAUGGAAGUGAAGGUAAAAAAUCUUUACUCAGCCACUCAAAGUCUAAAAUGCAUCGUCAAAACUGCGCAAUGAUUAAGUCCAACGAAGCCAUACCGUCGUCAUUUUUUUACUAAUUUAAAAAAAACAGAUAUGUGUAUAUUGCCAUAUGGCACUCCGGAUAACGUGCAUAUUCGCAGUACUUGCACAAAGAGAGUAAAGCCUACCAUUAAACCUAUUGUAAGUUUUAGAGACAGGACAUCAAAUGCAGAAGCUAUGACACUCGCAUUUAUUUGUGAACACAAUCUUCCAAUAUCUUUAACAUCCCAUAUGAUUGAAUACGCAAAGGAAAUGUCUAAAGAUCAUCGUGUUUUAAAAAAUUUGAAAAUGUUCAGAACAACUGCUUCGUAUAAGCUUCGAGAAGGAUUAGGUGAAGCUUUUCAUGCUGAGCUUGUUUUUGAUAUGAAAAUAAAAAUGUUCUCCCUUAACAUAGAUGAGUGCUUCUCGGCAAAAAAUGAGAAGGUUCUUAGUAUACUCGUAGCAUAUUUUUGCGACAAAACUAAUAAAGUUGUAUUAAAGCACUACGCGUCAUUAUCGCUUGUUACGGUAAAUGCCGAAAGUCUUUUUAAUGCUGUUAUUCAUUUAUUUAACAAAGACGCAAUUCCAUUAAGUAAUCUUGUUUCCAAUUUAUCAGAUUCUACCAAUUAUAUGAGAGGAAAAAUCAGUGGGUUUGAAACAAGGUUAAGAAAAGUGGUUCCUCACUUACUUGAUAUUGAUGGUGAUAUUUGUCAUCAUGUGCAUAAUGUUGUCAAAAAAUUUACUUCUUUUUUCAGCAAGGUAGUUGAAAACUUACUGGAUGAUAUCUACAUUGAUUUUAAAUAUAGCCCAGAUCUUUGUACAUUUCUGAAAAAAAUCUGUCAAAUCACAGGUGUCACAUACAACACUCCAAAGCAAAGGGUUUGUCAUCGAUGGUUGUCUGUUUUAGAUUGCACUCUUCCUAUGCUUGAGAUGAUGCCUGCUUUCACCUUAAUUUAUUCUUCUUGGCUAUCAAAACAAGACAUCUCUCUGUAUAAAGAUGAAAGUGACAAAAUUUUAAAGAGGCUAUCAAAUGAAAGUAAGAAACUAAUAGAAAAAAAAAAAUGUAAAAUGCAGCAGAAAAAACUAACAAAACAAGGUGCAGAAAGAAAAGAUAGAAUUGUUAAAAGUUUAUUUUUCCGACGUAAUGAAACAUUACUUUAUAUUAAUUUGUACGUUGAAAUUCUUCCUAUUUUUAAAUCAUUCAUUUUAACUUUUGAACAAAAAGAAUCGUUAGUCCAUCGAAUUUACGAUGAGCAAAUUGAACUAGUGAAAACAAUUUUAACUUGUUUUAUUAAGCCAAAGAUGAUAAAAAAUAUAACAGGAGAAAAGUUGAAGUUUUUAAACCUGAAAGAUAAAAAAAUGUAUCGCCAUUUGAACUACAUAUACCUUAGAAGUAAUGCUGAAAAAUAUUUGUCAAGAAUACUUAUUCGAAAUCCUGAUUUCAAAUCAUCGUUUUUAAAGACCUUGCUAAAAGCUUACCUUGAAUCGUCAGUUUACUUACUUAAUAAAUUACCCUUUAACAACCCUUUAUUAAAAUGCCUCUCUGCGAUCGACUCAAUGUCUCAAGGUCACGAAAUUACAGAGAGAAUGCUAAAAAAACUCUCAACUUUCUUUCCCUCUGUAGAUAUAAAUAAAGUAAUAUUUAAUCGAGAAGUUAUGCAGCUUCAGAUAGAUAUAGCGCUUCCACCCGUAUUUGAUGAUGGGAAGCCCGUACGUCUUGACUAUUGGUGGGCUGAAGUUUUUAAGUGUAAAAAAUAUUUAGAGCUUAGUAAGAUUAUCAAGGCAUGCUUAAGUAUUUUUAGUAGUCCCCAUGUUGAGCAAUCAUUCAGCAUGAUGAACACCAUAGUUAACAAAAAGACAAACCGUCUUGAUACUUUAACGUACUCUGCUAUAGCUUCAGUUAAGUAUCAAUUAUUAGCAAACGAGACCACAGCAGUAGGGUACUUUAAAAGGCGAGAUAUAUUGCAUGACCCAGUUAACAAAAACAUCUGUGGUCAUUUGCAAACUGCAAGCAAACGCUAUAAUAAAAAAAUGAAGUUCCAUCGGAAAAAUAGAAAAGUUGAAGAAAGAUUUUUAAAUAUAAAUUCAACGUGGAAAAAAAAAAUUGCCUUACAUGAACAGUGCAAAAAAGUUAAAGAAUCUAUUAUUGAUCAUGCAAAAAAGUGCAGAAAAAGAAAAGCUGACGAAUGCUUCACAACAGAAAAUUAUAAGAAAAAAAAGUAUUGAUUCCUGACAUUUA